AACCAUUUCUUGAUACCUUAGAAUUUACCUUAAUUAAGUUAGAUUCUAGUGAUGAAGAGAAUAUAAGCUUUGAACUUGAAGAACCAGAAUCAGACUCAAACGAUUGGAGCACUACAGAUAAGGAAAUUAUGGAUAGCGAAUCUGAGGAUAUUGUGCAGAUUCCAGAUGAUAACCGGGUUGCUGUAAAUGAAUUGGUUAAUCGACUUAUACAAUGCAAUCGCUAUCAGAAAAUAUAUACAAAAAUAACAAAUGGUGAAAUAACAGUAACUUAUAAAAAACAUGACCUUGUUCUUCUUCCUUCUCAUUAUUCUUGUAAUCGUCUUCAUACUACUUAUAACUUAAUGAAUCUGGAAAAAUAUGUUAGCUAUAGUUCUUUUCAACGAAUAUGGAAACGUGAUGCUGAACUUCAAAAAAUUAUAAUUAGAAAGCCAUCCAAGGAUGUAUGCGAUGAAUGCAUUCUAUUUAAACAUGCAAUAAAAGAGUGUGACAAUUAUAUAGAUGAAACUCUUGAUGAACAGUUUGCAAUGCAUAUGUUAGAUUAUAGAAUGAUGAGAGAGGCCUAUGAAGAUGAUAUACAAAUAGCAAAAAAAGGUGAUCAGUCAUCAUUCCGUGUUUUUUCUUUCAAUUUUUCACAAAAUGUGGACAUACCUCACAACCCCAGCAACCUAGAAGUUAGUAUUUUAAAUUCAGUACCUCUAGGGUUAAUUGUAAUUGCUUUUAAAAAUUUGUAUAGUUUUCAAAUUAAAGGUCAUACUAGGAAUUCUGUUGAUAGAGGUUUUGAAAUUUGGUGUAUUGAUCAAUUAGUCAACGUAAUUAAUGAUAGUGCUAAAAAUAAUAUUUCUGUAAAUCUAGAAGACCAAAUAG